AUGUGCGACUUGUUUGAUGGUCGUUGGGUUCCCGACAAGGACGGCCCUCUAUAUUCAAAUUUUAGCUGUGCAACCAUCCCUUUCUCUGUUAAUUGCUUAUUUCAUGGAAGGAACAAUAGAGAUUUUCUUUACUGGAGAUGGAAACCAGAACGAUGUCAGCUCCCUCGAUUUGACUCCAAAGCCUUUCUAAGCAUUGUUCAAGGAAAGACAAUGGCUUUUAUUGGUGAUUCACUUGCUCGGAAUCAAAUGGAAUCGCUUCUUUGCCUUUUGUCUAUGGAAGAAGCUCCGAGGAAUGUAUACAAGGAUGCUGAGGACAAAUUCAAAACAUGGCAAUUUCCCCAUCACAACUUCACUCUCAUGGCCCUCCGCUCAAACUACCUUGUCCACGCCACCGAGAGAGUGGUUAAUGGCUCAUUCACAGGUGGUUUUAACUUGCAUCUAGAUAAACUAGAUGGCAACUGGACCAGAAACAUAUCCACUAUUGACCAUGCCAUUAUCUCUGGUGCGAAUUGGUUCCCCAAACAAAACUACCUAUACGAGGGUGGCAAUCUUAUUGGUUGCACAUUUUGUGACGACCCAAACGUGAGAGUCUUUGGGGCAGGCUUUGCCAUCCGGAGAGCAUUCGAGGCUGCCUUUAAUUAUAUCAACGAAGAGCGAAAGGGUGUUGUGGUGUUCGUAAGGACAAUUUCUUCGUCUCACUUUGAACACGGGACGUGGAAAAGCGGAGGGUUUUGCAAUAGGACUAGAGGGUUUAGUAGGGAAGAGGUAGAUUUUGGAGGUGAUUGGGAUUAUAGGAAUGUUCAAGUUGAGGAAAUUGAAAGGGCUAAAAGAUAUGGGGAGAAUAGAGGGAAUAAGUUUGAGAUGUUAGACGUGACCAGAGCUAUGUUGAUGAGGCCAGAUGGACACCCAGGGGGAGCAUUGUGGGAAAAAGUAGGGAUAAAAGGUUACAAUGAUUGCCUUCAUUGGUGCAUGCCAGGGCCUAUUGACACUUGGAAUGAGCUUUUGCUGCAGAUGCUUCGGAAGACAAGUACAUAA